AUGAGCCGCCAGUUAGGCCUGUAUCCUGGUGCCGAGCGCCUGGGCUUCAGCGGCUGCUCCGCCGUCAUCUCUGGCCGGCUCAGCAGCAGCCGUGCCUCGGUCCGGGCCGGGGUCAAGGGCUCGGCCACGUUUGGCAGCAGGAGCCUGUUCUGCGUGGGGGGUGGCCGCCGACUGGCACUGAGUGCUGCCGGGCGGAGCGGUGGCUUCACGAGAGGCCACGGAGUGGCCAGUGGUGGACGUCCCGGGGGCUUCGUGGGCACCGUCUUCGGCAGCUCGGGGCUGGGGCCCACGUACCCAUCCGUGUGCCCACCUGGCGGCAUCCCCCAGGUUAUUGUCAACAAGAGCCUCCUGGCCCCCCUCAAUGUGGAGCUGGACCCCGAGAUCCAGAAGGUGCGCGCCCAGGAGCGGGAGCAGAUCAAGGCCCUGAACAACAAGUUCGCCUCCUUUAUCGACAAGGUGCGCUUCCUGGAGCAGCAGAACCAGGUGCUGGAGACCAAGUGGGCGCUGCUGCAGCAGCUGGACCAGAGCAACUCCAGGAGGAGCCUGGAGCCCGUUCACGAGAGCUACGUCAGCAAUCUGCAGAAGCAGCUGGAGACCCUGUCCGGGGACAGGGUGAGGCUGGACUCGGAGCUGAGGAACGUGCGGGAAGUGGUAGAGGAGUGCAAGAAGAGGUACGAGAUGGAGAUUAACAGGCGCACAGCUGCCGAGAAUGAGUUCGUGGUGCUGAAGAAGGACGUGGACGCUGCCUACAUGAACAAGGUGGAGCUCCAGGCCAAGGUGGACGCCCUGACAGACGACAUCAAAUUCUUCAAGGUCCUCUACGAAGGGGAGAUUGCUCAGAUGCAGUCUCACAUCAGUGACACGUCCGUCAUCCUGUCCAUGGACAACAACCGCAGCCUGGACCUGGACAGCAUCAUCGCCGAGGUCCGCGCCCAGUAUGAGGACAUCGCCGAGAAGAGCAAGGCCGAGGCCGAGGCCCUGUACCAGACCAAAAUCCAGGAGCUGCAGGCCACAGCAGGCCAGCACGGGGACGACCUCAAAGUCACCAAGUCCGAGAUCACAGAGGUCAACAGGCUGAUGCAGAGGAUCCAUUCGGAGAUAGGAAACGUGAAGAAACAGUGCUCCAACCUGGAGACGGCCAUCGCUGACGCCGAGCAGCGAGGUGACUGCGCCCUCAAGGAUGCCCGGGCCAAGCUGGACGAGCUGGACGGUGCCCUACAGCAGGGCAAGGAGGAGCUGGCGCGGAUGCACCUUGAGUACCAGGAGCUGAUAAGUGUGAAGCUGGCCCUGGACCUGGAGAUCACUACGUACUUCAAGCUGCUGGAGAGCGAGGAGAGCAGGAUGGCUGGUGAGCACCCAAAUUCUGUGAGCAUUUCCGUCAUUAGCAGCACCAAUGCCGGAGCAGGAGGCGCUGGCUUCAGUGUGGGCUUUGGUGCCUCCAGCAGUUACAGCCACAGACCUCUGGCCCUGGAGGUGAAGACCAAGGGCAGCUGCGGCAGCGAGCUCAAGGACCUCACAGCCAAAACCUCAGGCUGUGUGGCCAAAAAGGCCUCCAGAUGACAGACGGUGCUGUG